AUGUCUCUGUCUCUCAAAGUCAUGCUCAACAAAGAGAAAACAAAAGUACUAUUUGCAGAAACCAGUAGUGAUUUCAUCAACGUUUUGCUAAGCUUCCUCACCCUUCCGUUGGGAAAAAUCGUCACAAUUCUUCAAAAACACAAAGGAUCAGAAGAGGCAGCCGCCAUCGGAAGCUUAACCACUCUCUACAAAGCCUUGUCCGAACUCGACACCGCCCAUUUCUCCGUCCCAGGCGCUAAGGAAAUGCUGCUCAAUCCAGCGAGUUCGUUUCGAGCUGAAUGCCGUAAACUAGCUCUUGAUGUUACCGACAACGCGCCACUGCAAUACUUCCUUUGUGAAAAUGGAUAUUGCUCACAACCUCCUUAUACUAAUAUCAGCAUGUACCCCAAUAUAGCUACGUGUGCUUGUGGGAGAUCUUUGAACAGAGGAAUAAACUUUCCACAGUCUCGAUUCAACGAAUCUGGAGCAUUCAUAAUCAGUCCCUUGCUUUUCAUCAUCACCGAUGAUCUGAGGGUUGCGCCUAUUGUCGCUGGAAUUGUUCAAACUCUUUCCGAUUUUGGGAUUACAGACACUCGAGGGACUGAGAUGAAGCGUUUGAGUCUUGGUCCUUAUGAGAUCCGUGAGUUGCUCAACCUGUCGUUAACUUCUGCAACCCCAUUAACGGAUAUGGUAAUGAAGAACAAUAAAAAAUACCCACAAUCUGAGGCUUGGUUGGAUCAUAUUCAUCAACAUGAUGCUGCUACAGAAUCCAAAAAAAUAGUUGUACGAGCGUUCUUGCAUAAAUCAACGAACAAAUUCUUGUUUGCAGAAGCUAGUGAUGAGUUUGUAGAGCUUCUUUGGAGCUUCCUCACUAUUCCUUUAGGUGGAGUUGAGUUCCUCUUCGACAGCAACACUCCCUUCAAAAAUAUUGACAAUCUGUACAGAAGCAUGUCAAAUAGCAUCGAUGAUAAGCAUUUCACAACAUCAGACAUUAAAAAUAGGCUGGUAAAUCCGAAGCUGGCUCAUGGUUAUCUUUCCAAAAAUCAGUUUCUACCUCUUAGUGAAGAAGGCCCCCCAAAACUGUAUUACCAAGUGACAGAGAAGGGGCUGUGGUGUGAUUAUUCUUUUCAUGAGGAAGAAGGAACCAUGGUUUCUUCAUUCGAAUCUAGCAAGGAAGUAUAUAUCAAGAAACAAACGAUGUGUUUUGUUAGUGACGAUUUAACCAUGAGUCCUAGUUUGACUUCAAGAAUUUUGGUUCUGAAUGAUGUUGGAAUUCCCCUAACAGACAUGAAAGAAACUGAAUUCCACAUUGGACUCAAUGAGGCAUUAGGUAUAUUGAAGGCAUCUCUCACAUCAAAAACAGCUUUUACUGAUGGCCUCAUCAAGCCCUUGUUAAAGCGCCAGUCUAAGAAAGAACGCAUAGGUAUAUUGAAGGCAUCCCUCGCAUCAAAAACAGCUUUAACCGAUGACCUCAUCAAAUCCAUGCCAAUGCGCCAGCCUAAGAGCGAACCUUGA